AAUUUAGCUAUGUAAAUGCCAUACAUCAUUUGCUAUGGUGCUAAUUACACCACGGAUUACGUGCUUCCAAGCUUGGAAGAACAGGGAGUGCGUCAACUGUACCCAAAAGGCCCAAAUAUUGAUUUUAAGAAGGAACUAAGGUCCCUUAACAGAGAAUUGCAGCUGCACAUUUUGGAACUUGCUGAUAUUCUUGUGGAGAGAGCAUCACAAUAUGCAAGGAGAGUGGAAGAAAUAUCUCUUAUAUUCAAGAACUUGCAUCAUCUUCUGAACUCAUUGCGGCCCCAUCAGGCUAGGGCAACACUAAUUCACCUUCUAAAACUUCAGAUAAAACGACGUAAACAAGCUAUUGAGGAUAUAAAGAGGAGGAGAGAAGAAGCAUAGGCACUUAUGAAGAAGUCCCUUGAAUCAUUGGAGGACACUGGUGCAUCUCUUAUGUUGAAAUAGGGAGUGCUCAUUUAUGUUCCUACUCAAUGAUCAGAGCCCCUCAGACAGUUUCGUCUAAUGCCUUUAGGGAGGGUCAUGGAAUCCCACUGGUCAAAGUUUCUCGGACAGACAGUUGCAUCUAGUACCUUCAUGCUUUUAUAUCAGAAACUUAUGGUUUUACCUUUCUAUUCUAGUGUCGAAAGUAAAGUGGUCCAUCUAGCUGUUAUUGAAUGAUGGUAUCCAAGCAUUAAUUCAGAUGGCAUGGAUGGAUGAAGGAUAGAUUAGAUUCAUUUCAAGUGGCAUAAUAGCAUUCUGUUCUAUCACUCUGUAACUUUUACUCAUCUAAUAUCAAUUGCAGUGAAUUCUGUCAAACUCAAGAGAUUAUUUACACACAACCCUACUGCAAAAAUGUUAUCAUUUUGUGAUAACGCAGUACAUGUUGGUUUUUGGUAUGUUUGAUAGACUAUUGACAUUAAAUGGAGUCCACCUUAAUAUGGUGGGGUGACUUGGUGUUGUCAAUUUUGCAUCCAUUGUAACAUUGUAACACAGACCUAGGUACUACUAAUCCAUCGUCAUUGACCGAAUCAAGGGAAUGGUUGAGGAGAAAGAGGGAAUUCCUCCAGUGCAACAAAGGCUGAUUUAUGCUGGCAAGCAGCUUGGAGAUGACAAAACUGCAAAAGACUACAACAUUGAGGGUGGCUCUGUCCUUCAUUUAGUGCUUGCACUACGUGGUGGUAGUCUAUAAAUGGUAUGGUAGUAUUGUAUCUAUUGAUCAGUUCAGGCAAACUCUGUGAAGGCUUUAUCGAGCCUUGAUACUCUAAAACAUUUGAGUUGCAUUACAUGGGAAAACUUGUUCUAAGUGGGUUACUGUGGACAUAAAUAUUGGUGUUUUACGCACUUUACCGUUCUGCUC